AUGACGGGGCGAGAGUGCAAGAAGGGCUACAAGUUUCGCGCACCCAAGCACGCCGUCUUCAAAGAGAGCCACAAGUGGCCUGCGCCGCCGAAGAAGCUCAAGUUCAUCGACGAGACUCGUGGUGUCGAGCUCGGCGAGGACCUCGACAGCAACGAGUCCGUAAACGACUCGGCACCGGACGUUGACGAAGCAGGCACAGAAGCCGCAACAGACGUCGCAACAGAAGUCGCUUCCACGUCACCGGGGACGGCCACAGCCGUAAAUUCGACAGUCUCGGAGGACCAGCGUCGGCCGUCAAUAUACGCAGCAAAGGCGGCAAGCUGGCCUUUGCCUGGCGACGAGAGCCGGCCCGGCGCCAAAAGCGUUGGUGAUGGCGGCGACGUGGUUGACGAGCCUGUCCAACCUCCGCAUCGAAUAUCGUUGAGUACGCCCGGUGCCGACAACCAUAGCCAGCACGGUAGCCAUCGCGAGCACUCGGGCUCUGUCGUGAGUCUGCCGCCCAUGCAAUCCUUGUUGCCGCCGUUGGAGGGCAUAUACACCGAUCGACCGGUAUGGCCCAUCCAUGGGCGAAAAGAAGCCACGCUGUUCCGUCAUUACGUGGAUAAACUUGGGUUCUGGCUUGACGCGUGUGAUCCAUCUAGACAUUUCGAAGUCGAAGUGCCGCAACGGGCCGGUUCGUGUCCCAUCUUGCUCAACGCAAUCUUCGCCCUGGCCUCGAGACAUCUCAGCCUGACGAGCGCAUACGACUCGCUAGCAUCGAAUCGGUAUCACGAGCAGUGCCUCAACUACUUGAUCCCGCUGCUGGACCACGCAGGCACGGUGUCGGACGAGAACUUGUUUGCUGCAACAAUCAUACUUCGCGUGCUGGAGGAAAUCGAUGUAAAUACCCUCGGCCAAGACACGCACGGCCACCUCCUCGGAAUCCACGCCUUUGUCAAUGCUGGAGACCGAUUCUUGAUGCCGGGAACUUUAACGGCGGCAUGCUUUUGGGCGGGUUUGAGGCAGGAGAUCUACAGCGCCGUCAUCAACCAGCAGGUGGUCCGAAUGAACCUCGGUCAUGCCAUUGUCGACCGAUCCACGACCCCGGCCGACGAUUUUAUCUGGGCGAAUCGUGCCAUUGUCCACUGCGCCGACGUUCUCAACUUCUGCUUCGGGUCCGAGGCGGGGUCGGUGCUGCAAUGGGGCCAGCUGGAAAUGGCAAACAGAGAAUGGAAGAAUGCGCUACCACCGUCGUACACUCCCAUCUUCUUCCGGGAGAGGACAGAUGAGGAGGCUUUCCCCGAAGUAUGGUACCAGAAGGCGUGUCAUAUCAUCGCCGUUCAACAUCACAUUCUCGCCGAAAUGUACCUCGUGCUGUUCAACCCGAGCAUACCACGAGUCGGUGGCGGCCGUAAAGCCGCGGAAAAAAGGUUGACGCAGCAGAUUCAGGAUCUUCUGCGGAGUCUUUGUGGAAUUGGCAUGUGCAACCAGUGGUCACCGCCGGCCAUGUUCACGGCGUGUAUGGGUAUAGCUAUUGCCGGUGAUCGAUUCGACACCAGACAUGAUCAGGAAGCACUGCUGAAGAUGCUCAGCAUCACCGAAAAGGCCCACGCAAGGCCCACGACAGCGGUGCGGGAUCAGCUGAUGCACGCAUGGGGGUGGAUGGAUGGGGAAGCAAUGAGCGAGGACUGA